CGCACAACGGAUUAAUAAGACGCUAAAAAUAAAUCAAAUAAUAUCGAGCCAUAAAGAAAGAAAUAGCGUGAUAUUGAAUAGGCAUGCGCGUACCAUGGCGACGAUAUCCGAGCUUUGAGUUCCCGUGUUUCCUUGAACAAGUCACCCACCUAUCGGAUGGUAAAGGGACGACACUUGUUUUUUUUUUUUACCCUUGGCGUACGGCGCGCAGCGAGGCCGACGGCAAGCGGUGUUGUGCCUGGUGACCGCGAAGCAGUCGUCAGCUGGAGUCAACCGACAACGUCGAGCAGGGACGCCAUCCUACACCGGGUUCAUUACAAGCCCAUGGCGAGCCUUCUGAAGAACUGCGCGAUCGAGGAAACCGAAGAGAUUGCGGUGGCUACUCAGCCCGGACAGAGCAGCGUGACGCUGAGGAGACUGCGCCCGUACACUGUGUACAGAGUCACUGUGGUCGCCAUCGGCGCCACAACAGUGCCGCUACUGGACACCACUUUUCACACUAAGGAUGCAGCUCCAGAUGGCCCGCCCAGAGAUCUGCGACACUCGACGUCAGCGGCAUUGCUCGAACUGCUCACCUGGUCAGAGGUUGCGUGUGACCUGGCCAACGGCGAGAUACGCAGUUACCACUUGCACUUGCGCAGCCCCGACCCCUGGGAGUCGGAAACGCACGAGCACAACGCCACCUCGACCGCGCACACCUUCGCCCACUUGGCUCCUUUCACGAGAUACACCGCCAAGGUCUUCGCUCAAAAUGACGCCGGACGUUCGCCGUACUUCGCAGCUGUAAAUUUCACCACCGCCCCAUUCCGUAAGUGA